AUUUCGCGGGGCAGGCAGACACCGGCUGGAGUAGAGGCAAGAUGAGGACACUCGGGAUACCGCUGUCAUCUUGUUUACAAUAAUUUGCAUUCUUAAACUUUUUGAGUCCAGUGUUGGCUGUGUGUUGUAUUUAAAGUGUCUUUUUGACCCUUUAUCCAGUAAGAUUGCGAACUAUACGAUUUGCUAGCAAGCUAACAAGAAGAGUUGGAAGGCAACCAAACCAGUUAGCAGCUCUGCUAAAUCAUGCCUCCCAUCGAGAAUGACUCCGGACGGGCAGAACUUAAAUCCCGAAUACAGCAGCUGAUUGAUUCUAACCCGGUGUUGGUUUUCAGCAAAAGUUAUUGCCCUUUUUGUGUCAAGGUGAAGGAUCUCUUUAAGGAGCUAAAUGUGAAAUGCAAUGCCGUAGAGCUGGACUUAAUGGAGGAUGGCUCCAACUACCAGGAUGUGCUGUCGGAGAUGACUGGUCAGAAAACGGUCCCCAAUGUCUUCAUCAACAAGACUCACGUCGGCGGCUGUGACAAAACCUUGCAGGCCCACCGAGACGGCCUUCUGCAGCAGCUGCUGUGUGGCGAGAACGAGACCUACGACUAUGACCUCAUCGUCAUCGGCGGCGGCUCGGGUGGCCUGGCCUGCUCAAAGGAGGCGGCUAUGAUGGGCAAGAAGGUGAUGGUGCUUGACUACGUUGUUCCCACGCCGCUGGGCACCACCUGGGGCUUGGGGGGCACCUGCGUCAACGUGGGCUGCAUCCCCAAAAAGUUGAUGCAUCAGACGGCUCUGCUGGGCACCGCCAUACAGGACGCCCGCAAAUUCGGAUGGGAGAUUGACGAAACGGUGAAGCAUAACUGGGAGACCAUGAAGACAGCGGUGAACAACUACAUCGGCUCGCUGAACUGGGGUUACAGAGUGGCCCUGCGGGAUAAGAACGUCAAUUACGUCAAUUCCUACGCAGAGUUCAUCGAACCCCACAAAAUCAAGGCCACUAACAAGCGGGGCAAAGAGGCGUUCCACACGGCGGCCAAGUUUGUUCUGGCCACAGGGGAGAGGCCUCGUUACCUGGGCAUCCCCGGGGACAAGGAGUACUGCAUCACCAGUGAUGACCUGUUCUCGCUGCCCCACUGUCCUGGGAAGACUCUGGUGAUUGGAGCGUCCUAUGUGGCCCUGGAGUGUGGGGGGUUCCUGGCUGGCCUGGGGUUGGAUGUGACUGUAAUGGUACGGUCCAUCCUGCUCCGCGGGUUCGAUCAGGACAUGGCCAACCGGGCCGGAGAGCACAUGGAGGAACACGGGGUCAAAUUCCUGCGGAAAUUUGUUCCUGUUAAGGUGGAGGAGCUUGAGAAGGGCACCCCUGGCCGUCUGAAAGUCACGGCCAAGUCCACUGAGGGCGAUGACAUGUUUGAGGGAGAGUUCAACACUGUGCUGAUUGCAGUGGGCCGUGACGCCUGCACAGGGAACAUUGGCCUGGACAAGGCUGGCGUCAAAGUAAACCCAAAGAAUGGAAAGGUCCCGGUGAGCGACGAGGAGCAGACCAACGUGCCGCACAUCUACGCCAUCGGCGACAUCCUCGAGGGCAAGUGGGAGCUGACGCCGGUGGCCAUCCAGGCCGGCAAGCUGCUGGCACGCAGGCUGUUUGCCGGUGGCACGCUGAAGUGUGACUACGUGAACGUCCCUACCACGGUGUUCACCCCACUGGAGUACGGCUGCUGUGGCCUGUCCGAGGAGAAAGCCCUGGAGCUGUAUGGGCAGGACAACAUUGAGGUCUACCACAGUUUGUUCUGGCCUCUGGAGUUCACAAUACCCAACAGGGACAAUAACAAGUGCUACUCCAAGAUCAUCUGCAAUAAACUGGACAAUGAACGUGUGGUGGGCUUUCAUUACCUGGGUCCGAACGCCGGUGAGGUGACUCAAGGCUUUGGCGCUGCCAUGAAGUGUGGCAUCACCAAGGACCAGCUGGACAACACGAUCGGCAUCCACCCCACCUGUGCAGAGACCUUCACCACACUGGAUGUGAGUAAGAGCUCAGGUGGAGACAUCACACAAGCCGGCUGCUGAGGUUAAACCCUGCUAGUUUAAUGAGCUGCUCCUUCUGCUCUUAGAUCAGCCUUUGCUCUCACACACACACAUUCUCUCACACAUGCACACCUCUGCUGGGCCCUCCUCACCCAUAACUGCCCCCAGGUCAGUGCAGUCUCAGGUUAUCCAUCCCCGAUCCGACACCCUGACUAUAACCACUCAAAUCAGACCAAGCUAGCAAUUCUAGCAAGACACGGGUGACGUUUAUUAAAAACAAAUGCACUCUGUGGGGGCCAGUGCUUCAGAACUUGAGUCGGAUCAGGUCCACGUGGACGUCUGUGUUUCGGCUCCUCCUGCAAGCCAGACCGUCCAUCCAUCCACCAUUUGGCUGGAGCUGAAUUGGGUGGCUCUGAUUGGUCAGGGCCGCAGGAGUCCGAACAGCGCAGCGGCCCGGCGGCACCUGGUGCGGAGGAGGGCCUGGUGAGGAGGUGUGAGGGGUGAGUUGAAAGUGUGGCGAUGUGUCGAGGGGCAGCUCGUUAAACAGCGGGGUUACUCUGCUGCUGGCCAAAUCCUCGGACUCGUUCUCAGACGCGUGCCGACGCUCAGUGCUCUCUCACUCUGAGACCGGUGCUUUAUGAUGUCUUAGCCCUUAACCCAGCCACUGUGGUGGGCUAGGACUGAUGUUCUUCUGGGACGAGUUUAUAGAGGUCGAAUUACGUCCAAUUCUCAAACACACACACACACGUACGUGCAUACUAAUGUCCUUGUUUGUAGAUCUGGUACACCAGAGUCAAAAUGAUUGGAGGGUCAGGUUCUAUUUGACUUUGACUCCUCCUGUUGUUCUGUGACUGUAGGCCCAACAUUCCAGGUAGUGUUUUAACAUCGGUGUCGAAACACGUUAAAUUAUUCAUGUGUUUUUGUUUUGUUUUGUGGGUCUACAACUACAUGCAUCAGGCAUCAGGUUUAUAUCAGGCAUUUUCUUCUCUUCCCUUCAACCAAACUUUGUGAACCAAAAGGUGCAUGUCAGACUGGAGUAAAAUUCCAGACAAUAUCUCUCUCUCACACACACACACACACACACACACAUCAUGGGCACACUCAGACAUGAACACACUGUUAUUUUAAUAUUUGUCAUUCAAUUCUCCCUGUUCUUGCCGCUUUGCAACGCACUUAGAUAUGUCUAAGAUAUAUUUAUAUAAGUAUAUGGUAUUGAAACAUGGAUUGGACUGAAUGUUAUGUUUGUUUACUUAACCUUACUUAAGUCGACUAAAAGUAAAUUAAAGAACACCUUUCUGAUUGCAUUUUCAUUAAGGAGUCUAGCAUUUAUCUGUUUGUAUCUGUUUAUUUUCCACUGGCAUGUGUGUUUAUAUAAUGUAUCUGAUCUUGUAGCCCUUCUGAUUGUUUAAGGACAGUAUUUAAAAGGUAUAAUUUCUGCUGACGUGCUGUCACUUAGCAACAACGCCAGUCAAAUGUACAAAUGCGCCUUUCCAUAACAUCACUGUUCUGAAUAAUAAAAUAAGUAAUAAAAGUUAUGUAUACAACACUGA